AUAAAUAUUAUUGUGUGAAGUUGAAGUAGAACACGCUGUUUUUCUUCCGUGGAAAAUAUCCUUUUCCUAUUAAAAUUGAAUUUGUCUUCCUCCACGCUCUAACCCUAUGCAUAUAUAAGAGACACACCUUGGCCGCCUCUCUCUCACACCUCAUAAUCUCCUUUCUCUUUCUCACUCUCUCUUUUGCUCUUUCCUUGGCGAUAGAUCGAAUCGAAACCCUAAUUCUCAUAUUCUCUCAUUACGAUUACAGGUUUUCUGUUGUCUGCUGAUUUUCAAGGUGAAGUUGUGAACGUUGUAGUUUAUUUUAUGUCAGAACAGGCCAUAUUCUUCUUGGAAACAAUUGGGUUGCUUGGUGAGUAUUGUCCUUCAUCAAGAAAAAAGAACAGGUCCUUGUCAAAAGCUGUUGGCUGUAUGCAUCUCGGGCCAUUUGAGGAAUAUUCUUGGUGUGGUUGCAAGUGUAUGCAACCUUCUUUUUCUGCUGAAGAUCAAUCCAUCUUUGCUGAGAGAAUCCUUGAAGGAAAUAAAUCAGCUGCUUAUACUCUUCAUUCCAGUAUUUCCCUGCUGUGACAUCCACUUUUACUUAAAUUCCAACUUUAUUGCUGAAGUGAAGAUGGCCUUACAGAACAUAGGGGCAGCAAAUAGUGAUGAUGCCUUCUACCGUUAUAAGAUGCCCAGAAUGAUUACAAAAAUUGAGGGCAGGGGAAAUGGCAUUAAGACGAAUGUGGUCAACAUGGUUGAUAUUGCGAAGGCUUUGGCAAGGCCAGCUUCUUACACAACUAAGUAUUUUGGUUGUGAGCUUGGAGCCCAGUCUAAAUUUGAUGAGAAAACUGGAACUUCUCUUGUUAACGGGGCACAUGAAACUUCUAAGCUAGCUGGACUUCUUGAAAAUUUUAUUAAGAAAUACGUCCAGUGCUAUGGUUGCGGAAACCCUGAAACUGAGAUAGUUAUUACAAAAACUCAGAUGCUCCAACUGAAAUGUGCUGCGUGUGGGUUUGUGUCUGAUGUGGAUAUGAGGGACAAGCUGACCAGUUUCAUUCUUAAGAACCCACCUGAACAGAAGAAGGGAUCCAAAGACAAGAAGGCUAUGAGAAGAGCUGAGAAGGAGCGAAUGAAAGAAGGGGAGGCUGCUGAUGAGGAGCUAAAGAAAGUGAAGAAGGAUGUGAAGAAAAAGGGCACAUCCUCAAAAGAUGGUAUCACAAAAAAUAGCACUUCAAGAAAGAAAACAGGUGGAUCUGAUGAUGGUCAUCCAUCACCUCCAGAAAGCCAUGCUGAUGAGAAGGAAGAAAUGGAAGAUGACGAUGAUGUGCAAUGGCAAACUGACACAUCACUCGAGGCAGUUAACCAAAGGAUUCAAGAGCAGUUGAGUGCUGUAACAGCUGAUAUGGUUAUGCUAUCUACAAAUAAGCCAGACAAGAAGACCAAGGCAGCAACCAUAACAAGUGAUAAUGCUCAGAAUGGAAACUCAGUUGCUCCUCUGAAACUUAUUGAUGAACUGAAGGCAAACAUAAAGAAAGGCGCUUCAGCCAAACAACUGCAGUCCCUUCUGGCAGCUUCUCCGAAAUCAGCUCAGGAAAAGAUGACUCUUUUGUUGGAGGCUCUCUUUGACGGUGUUGAAAAAGGUUUUUCAAAGGUAGUGGCCAAAAAUAAAAAGUACAUUGCUGUGGCUGCUGCUCAGGAGGAGGGAUGUCAGAUGCUACUACUUAAAGCUAUAGAAGCAUUUUUCAAAAGGUUGACAUCCAGUUUGAUGAAAGAAGUUGCACUGGUUCUAAAAGAAUUGUACGAUGCUGACAUCCUCGAGGAAGAGUUCAUAAUUCUGUGGUUUGAAGAAGGAUCUGAAGGAGCCAGCAAAGACUCUCAGAUUUGGAACCUUGCUGAACCCUUCAUUAAUUGGCUUCGGAGUGCUGAGUCGGAAACUGAGGAUGAAUGAUUGUUUUACUUUUCUUUGUGUCUGAGACUUGAAUUUGUUUAGUUUUUUCUUUGCUGGGCGCCGAGUCGGAAACUGGAUGAAUGGUUGUGUUUUAUUUUUUCUUUUCUGAGACUUGAAUUAUUUCGUGUGCUGUGAUGAAACCUUAAAUAUCUCUGCUUGUUGGGGUACUUGCAGGCGCCUCUCAUACUAUUAUUAAUGUUGCCGUUGUUUUUUUUGUUU